GGGUCAGAGGUCACUACCAACUACAGCAGUAGAGCCAUGUCUGAGGUGGCCGUGCCUGAGAUGAUGAUGCCACCCCUGGCGGUGCCUGCAGCAUGCCAGGUGGAGAAGCCUGUGCCAGGUCCUGGCAUGGGGGACUUCAGCUAUGUGGGCAUCGAUGCCAUCCUGGAACAGAUGCGGAGGAAAGCCAUGAAACAGGGUUUCGAGCUCAACAUCAUGGUAGUGGGUGAGUUAACAUGGAGGGAGAGAACACAUGCACACAAAUUCAAUCAAUCACAUUUAUUUUAUAAAGCCCUUUUUACGUCAGCUGUUGUCACAAAAUGCUUUACAACUACCCAGCCUAAAACCCCAAUGAACAUACACAGACACAACAUCAUGGUAGUGGGUGAGUUAACAUGGUGAGAGACGGAUGCAUGUGUACUGUGUCAUAGGUUUACAACAAAAAAAUCCAGAAAAACGCAUGUCAAAAAUGUUAUAAAUUGAUUUGCAUUUUAAUGAGGGAAAUAAGUAUUUGACCCCCUCUCAAUCAGAAAGAUUUCUGGCUCCCAGGUGUCUUUUAUACAGGUAACGAGCUGAGAUUAGGAGGACACUCUUAAAAGGAUUGCUCCUAAUCUCAGCUUGUUACCUGUAUAAAAAACACCUGUCCACAGAAGCAAUCAAUCAAUCAGAUUCCAAACUCUCCACCAUGGCCAAGACCAAAGAGCUCUCCAAGGAUGUCAGGGACAAGAUUGUAGACCUACACAAGGCUGGACUGGGCUACAAGACCAUCGCCAAGCAGCUUGGUGAGAAGGUGACAAUAGUUGGUGCGAUUAUUCGCAAAUGGAAGAAACACAAAAUAACUGUCAAUCUCCCUCGGCCUGGGGCUCCAUGCAAGAUCUCACAUUUACAUUUACAUUUACGUCAUUUAGCAGACGCUCUUCUCCAGAGCGACUUACAAAUUGGUGCAUUCACCUUAUAGCCAGUGGGAUAACCACUUUACAAUGUGUUUUUUUUUUUUGGGGGGGGGGGGUGGGGUAAGGGGGGGGUAGAAGGAUUACUUUAUCCUAUCCCAGGUAUUCCUUAAAGAGGUGGGGUUUCAAAUGUCUCCGGAAGGUGGUGAGUGACUCCGCUGUCCUGGCGUCGUGAGGGAGCUUGUUCCACCAUUGGGGUGCCAGAGCAGCGAACAGUUUUGACUGGGCUGAGCGGGAACUGUGCUUCCGCAGAGGUAGGGGAGCCAGCAGGCCAGAGGUGGAUGAACGCAAUGCCCUCGUUUGGGUGUAGGGACUGAUCAGAGCCUGAAGGUACGGAGGUGCCGUUCCCCUCACAGCUCCGUAGGCAAGCACCAUGGUCUUGUAGCAGAUGCGAGCUUCAACUGGAAGCCAGUGGAGUGUGCGGAGGAGCGGGGUGACGUGAGAGAACUUGGGAAGGUUGAACACCAGACGGGCUGCGGCAUUCUGGAUGAGUUGUAGGGGCGGCAGGCAGGGAGGCACAGGCAGGGAGCCCAGCCAACAGCGAGUUGCAGUAAUCCAGACGGGAGAUGACAAAUGCCUGGAUUAGGACCUGUGCCGCUUCCUGUGUAAGACAGGGUCGUACUCUCCGAAUGUUGUAGAGCAUGAACCUACAGGAUCGGAUCUCACCUCGUGGAGUUGCAAUGAUCAUGAGAACCGUGAGGAAUCAGCCCAGAACUACACGGGAGGAUCUUGUCAAUGAUCUCAAGGCAGCUGGGACCAUAGUCACCAAGAAAACAAUUGGUAACACACUACGCCGUGAAGGACUGAAAUCCUGCAGCGCCCACAAGGUCCCCCUGCUCAAGAAAGCACAUAUACAGGCCCGUCUGAAGUUUGCCAAUGAACAUCUGAAUGAUUCAGAGGAGAACUGGUUGAAAGUGUUGUGGUCAGAUGAGACCAAAAUCGAGCUCUUUGGCAUCAACAUAACUCGCCGUGUUUGGAGGAGGAAUGCUGCCUAUGACCCCAAGAACACCAUCCCCACCGUCAAACAUGGAGUUGGAAACAAAGGAGUGGCUCAAGAAGAAGCACAUUAAGGUCCUGGAGUGGCCUAGCCAGUCUCCAGACCUUAAUCCCAUAGAAAAUCUGUGGAGGGAGCUGAAGAUUCGAGUUGCCAAAUGUCAGCCUUGAAACCUUAAUGACUUGGAGAAGAUCUGCAAAGAGGAGUGGGACAAAAUCCCUCCUGAGAUGUGUGCAAACCUGGUGGCCAACUACAAGAAACGUCUGACCUCUGUGAUUGCCAACAAGGGUUUUGCCACCAAGUAAGUCAUGUUUAGCAGAGGGGUCAAAUACUUAUUUCCCUCAUUAAAAUGCAAAUCAUUUUAUAACAUUUUUGACAUGCGUUUUUCUGGAUUUUUUUGUUGUUAUUCUGUCUCUCACUGUUCAAAUAAACCUACCAUUAAAGUUAUAGAAUGAUCAUGUCUUUGUCAGUGGGCAAACAUACAAAAUCAACAGGGGAUCAAAUACUUUUUUCCCUCACUGUAGAUCUCUAAUUAAACCAGAGGAUCUCUGUAAUCAAGAAUGCUCUAAUUUUCCCUGAACCAGCCUCUCAACUCUCAUUUCCAGUACUGAGCCAAUACGCACACACACGCAUACACACACUCACCCCCCCCACACACACACACACACACACACAAACACCCACACACACAGCCUUUUGACACUCUCCCACCAUGCUGACACUCCCUCAUUAUUGUGUGAUGGCUCAUUUUAAAACAGUAGCUUUUUAUAACACACGCACACACCUUCCUUCACCAGAGACCAGUGCCUAUAAAACCCCUUUUCCAUGCUGUCUCCACACCGCGUCUCCAUUUGAAGAUGUCGCGACUGUCAGUCUGCUCUGUGGGUUCUUUCCGUGGAUAAAACGGCUCACUUAGACUACAGCCUAUAGGGGUACUUCAGAGAGGGAGGAUGCAGACUCAUCCAUGGAAAAUAAAAUCCAACACUACCACUUAGUCUCCUGCAGUGUAUAAGUGCACUCAGGUGUAAUGUCAUUUAAGUCUGCCUGUGAGAACAGAGCUGUAGGGAAGGAGACAGAAUACAGGACGUUAGGUUAAUGUUUGAAUUUAUCUAUGCUACAGACUGCUCUGGUAUAUAAUAAGUAUACUGAACAAAAAUAUAAACGCAACAUGCAACAAUUUCAACGAUUUUACUGAGUUGCAGUUCAUAUAAGGAAAUCAGUCAAUUGGGGGGGGGGUGAGGCAGGGCCCAGGGUUAGUGUCUCUGUUCUCUCUCUCUGUGGUGUGGAGUGUGCCGACAAAUCUACAUUCCUCUCACAUUCCCCUGUGGUUGGCCCUAGUGUCCCAGAUACAGCGCUUGGCAACCUGCCACCCAUUCAGCUCAGGGCUGACUGUAGGCUACGCCAUCACUAAAGACAUGAGACCCGGGCAGACGGGGACACACACACACACACACACACACACACAUAAAUACAUACAAACACACACACACAUACACACAGCUGCAGCAUGGGUCAAGCGAUCACCCACACACACACCAGGGGGGAGAAGAGCGCCAUCGUAAUCUGAACCGUCACCCCGUUAAUCUGUGGUACUUCUCCAGAUGUUAUUCAAUUGGGACAGUGGGAACGUAAUGGCAGCCUACAUCCCGUAUGUUAGCUACCUGGUUUAUGGAAGCUGAUUCUGCUGGGCAUACCUCCACACUCCUUAUAUGAUAACCAGCCUCGACCCUCAGUCACACACUGCUAAUCUGUCUGUUAGUCUGAGCUAAAGAUGUAAAAUACCAGGCGUACAGCGGACAGUAAAAACCAACCUUUGAAGUUCUGCUGAAGAGGGCUGAUCUCUGGACAACCAGGACUCCUGGGUCUGUGUUUAUCAAGCAUCUAAGAGUAGAAGGGCUGAUCUAGGAUCAGGUCCUCCCUGUCUAUAACAAUCUGAUUCAUUAUAAUCUAAAAGGCAAAAUGUAUCCUAGAUCAGCACUCCUACUCUUAAAUGGUUACUAAUGGUUAAUACACUUGUAUUGUUGUAUUGAUACCCUAUCCUUCCUCUCCACAAUCUGGCUGAUCUUUGGGUCCAGCCAUUCAGCCAGGGGGAUCAGUACUGUAGCAUUUCUACAGCCCAUCCCACUGAGCCCUGACCUAGGUCCCAUAGCUCACAGGAUUCUCCUCUUCAGGCUCAGCCAUUCAUACCAACCAUUCAGGGGAAUUCUAGGCCCCCUAAAAAUGUGAUACAGUACCGCUGGUAUGGGGCAUCAACAGCAUGAGCACAGGGUUGGUAUCUCUUCUUAACAAUCACAUCGGUCCCCGAACUGGCAAUUUUGGUUUUCAAUACAGAUUAAAAUCCUAAAUGUAUUCCAAGUAUUGUAUGGCAAUGUUUCUGUGGUAUGGUUUUUGAUCGGAGUACAGUCGUGGUCAAAAGGUUUGAGAAUGACACAAGUAUUGGUCUUCACAAAGUUUUCUGCUUCAGUGUUUUUAGAUAUUUUUGUCAGAUGUUACUAUGGUAUACUGAUAAUUACAAUCAUUCCAUAAGUGUCAAAGGUUUUUAUUGACAAUUUAUGCAAAGAGUCAAUAUUUGCAGUGUUGACCCUUCUUUUUCAUGACCUCUGCUAUCUGCCCUGGCAUGCUGUCAAUUAACUUCUGGGCCACAUCCUGACUGAUGGCAGCCCAUUCUUGCAUAAUCAUUGCUUGGAGUUUGUCAGAAUUUGUGGGGUUUUGUUUGUCCACCCGCCUCUUGAGGAUUGACCACAAGUUCUCAAUGGGAUUAAGGUCUGGGGAGUUUCCUGGCCAUGGACCCAAAAUUUCGAUGUUUUGUUCCCCGAGCCACUUAGUUAUCACUUUUGCCUUAUGGCAAGGUGCUCCAUCAUGCUGGAAAUGGCAUUGUUCGUCACCAAACUGUUCUUGGAUGGUUGGGGGAAGUUGCUCUUGGAGGAUGUGUUGGUACCAUUCUUUAUUCAUGGCUGUGUUCUUAGGCAAAAUUGUGAGUGAGCCCACUCCCUUGGCUGAGAAGCAACCCCACACAUUAAUGGUCUCAGGAUGCUUUACUGUUGGCAUGACACAGGACUGAUGGUAGCGCUCACCUUGUCUUCUCCGGACAAGCUUUUUUCCGGAUGCCCCAAACAAUCGGAAAGGGGAUUCAUCAGAGAAAAUGACUUAACCCCAGUCCUCAGCAGUCCAAUCCCUGCACCUUCUGCACAAUAUCAGUCUGUCCCUGAUGUUUUUCCUGGACAGAAGUGGCUUCCUUUCUGCCCUUCUUGACACUAGGCCAUCCUCCAAAAGUAUUCGCCUCACUGUGCAUGCAGAUGCACUCACACCUGCCUGCUGCCAUUCCUGAGCAAGCUCUGCACUGGUGGUGCCCCGAUCCCGCAGCUGAAUCAACUUUAGGAGACGGUCCUGGCGCUUGCUGGACUUUCUUGGGCGCCCUGAAGCCUUCUUCACAACAAUUUAACCUCUCUCCUUGAAGUUCUUGAUGAUCCGAUAAAUGGUUGAUUAGGUGCAAUCUUACUAGCAGCAAUAUCCUUGCCUGUGAAGCCCUUUUUGUGCAAAGCAAUGAUGACGGCACGCGUUUCCUUGCAGGUAACCGUGGUUAACAGAGGAAGAACAAUGAUUUCAAGCACCACCCUCCUUUUAAAGCUUCCAGUCUGUUAUUCUAACUCAAUCAGCAUGACAGAGUGAUAUCCAGCCUUGUCCUCGUCAACACUCUCACCUGUGUUAACGAGAGAAUCACUGACAUGAUGGCAGCUGGUCCUUUUGUGGCAUGGCUGAAAUGCAGUGGAAAUGUUUUUUGGGAUUAAGUUAAUUUUCAUGGCAAAGAGGGACUUUGCAAUUAAUUACAAUUCAUCUGAUCACUCUUCAUAAUAUUCUGGAGUAUAUGCGAAUUGCCAUCAUAAAAACUGAGGCAGCAGACUUUGUGAAAAUUUAUAUUUGUGUCAUUCUCAAAACUUUUGACCACGACUGUACAGUAAGUGGUUAAUUCUUAUACAUGGUGGAAACACUGGAGAGGCUCUCUGGAAAGCUUUGAUUCUUCAGGUCUGAAGCAAACACAAAUGUGUUGUAAAGGGACGAUACUGUACCAGUUCCCAUAAUGUUAUCGGUCGGAAGUCAAGACACUGAGGGCCCAUUCAUUAAUCAGUUGUUUGAAGCCUUAAAUCCCAAAUGAAGUUUAAACAUAUAAACCUCCAUUAUUAUGCAACUGUGUGUGUGUGUGUGAAGCCCAAACAGAUAUAAUAUUAGACUAAAUCAUUAUCAUUUCAAACCUUGCUUACAUUUGUAUACGAUCACAUACAUCUCUCUAUUAUGCAUGGGAAUAAUUUAGAACAGAUUUCCAAAAAUCAAAUCACUUGGAGCUGAUUUUCUGGUGUUUUUACAGUCUUUUAUGUCCCAAAAAAAAUAACAAAUUACAAUUAGGGAACCCUGCUCUAUUGGUAGAGAUAAUAGAACAGGGGGAGGUGUGUGUGUGUGUGUGUGUGUGCAUCAUAAACUAUUGGUGUGUGUGUGACCCAAAGAUCUUUGUCGACAAUGGGCAGUUUAUAAUGCAGUGAUCUGAGCCAGCGUCAGCUGCACCAACCACAGACGGAUGAGUUUCACACUUAUAGAAGAAUGGGUUUCUCCAACCAACGUUCAAGGCUCAGUGUGGUUUAGUUGACAGCGGAGCGCUUCCCCAGACUGCAGGUCUGAGCCCUGAAAGGACAUGCAGUUCCUUUAGUUCAACUUUAAUGGGAGGGAGGGAGGGAGGGAGGGCCUUGGCCAAGAGACUGAGUCAUUAUUCUGUACUUGUGACUCAUCUCAGAACCACAGAGAAAAUGGUGAACACAAAACCGACGUAACGUGUGUUUGUGGGGGCCUUACUGCAGACACCUGUAACUUCUCUCCCACUGCAGCCAAAAUCUUGUGAAAUAGUGUCUCUUUCUCCCCUGAGUGGCUGUGACAGGCUGGAACAGCUCUGGUGUUAAAUUCUCUUUGUCUCGGUGUGAAAUAACAAGGCCAUGCUAGUCAUUCAUUACCACUGGAAUGAACCUGUUAGUGGGAAGAGUGUCUGAAGAAUGUUAUGCAGAAAGGUGAGAGGAAGUCCACCAUUGUCAGAGUAGUCUAUUCCCUACAGUCAGACUAGAUGAGAGGGUAUUGGUUCAAAUCAAGCCACUGUUUUACCUUCAUUGUAGAGUUUCUAUCGUGUUGUGUGUAGCUCAGUUGGUAGAGCAUGGCGCUUGCAGCUCCAGUGUUGUGGGUUCGAUUCCCACGGGGGACCAGUACGAAAAAAGUAUUAAAAUGUAUGUAGUCACUACUGUAAGUCACUCUGGAUCAGAGCGUCUGCUAAAUGACUAAACUGUCAAUUGUGGCUUUAUUCUAUUUAUUUUCACGACCAAUGUGUCUGAUAUUCAGUUGUGUGUGUGUGUGUGUGUGUGUGUGUGUGUGUGUGUGUGUGUGUGUGUGUGUGUGUGUGUAGGGCAGAGCGGCCUAGGGAAGUCCACUCUGAUGAACACCCUGUUCAAGUCCAAGGUGAGCCGUAAGUCAGUGCAGGCCACGUCCCAGGAGAAGAUCCCCAAGACUAUCGAGAUCAAGUCUGUCAGCCACGGUGAGAGGAAGAAGAAAGGAGGAAGCAUCUCUCCUACUGUUUAUUUUUAUUUUCUGCACCGCUCUAGCUACAUCUUUCACUUUAUCAAUCUCACCCUCUACUCAGUCUACCUUGUGUUGUGUUUGCAGUCUGAGGUACAUUUGGCCUCUCAGAGGUGCUUGUAUUCAAUCUAACCGUCUCUGUGUGUGUCUCUGUCUGUCUGUUUCUGUCUCUGUUCAGACAUUGAGGAGAAGGGGGUGAGGAUGAAACUAACUGUUAUCGACACGCCCGGCUUCGGGGAUCAGAUCAACAAUGAGAACUGGUACAGUAACCAUACAAUCCAUAGCUGAAAUGUUAUAUUUAUAAUGUGCUUAUAUUUCUAUGUAUGUAUGCAUAGAUCUCUCUCUCUCUCUCUCUCUCUCUCUCUCUCUCUCUCUCUCCUCUCUCUCUCUCUCUCUCUCUCUCUCUCCUUCCUCUCUCUCCUCUCUCUCGUUCUCUCUCUCUCCUCUCCCUCUUCCUCUCUCUCUCUCUCCUCCCUCUCUCCUCUCUCUCUCGUCUCCUCUCUCUCGCUUCUCUCACUCUACUUCUCUCUCUCUCUCUCUCUUCCUCUCUCUCUCUCUCUUUUAUAUAUAUAUAUAUAUAUAUAUAUACAUACAUACAUAUACACAGUUCCAGUCAAACGUUUGGACACACCCACUCAUUCAAGGGUUUUUCUUUAUUUUUACAAUUUUCUACAUUGUAGAAUAAUAGUGAAGACGUCAAAACUAUGAAAUAACACAUGUGGAAUCAUGUAAUAACCAAAAAAGUGUUAAACGAAUCAAUAUAUAUUUGAGAUUCUUCAAAUAGCCACCCUUUGCCUUGAUGACAGCUUUGCACACUCUUGGCAUUCUCUCAACCAGCUUCACCUGGAAUGCUUUUCCAACAGUGUUGAAGGAGUUCCCACAUAUGCUGAGCACUUGUUGGCUGUUUUCCUUCACUAUGCGGUCCAACUCAUCCCAAACCAUCUCAAUUGUGUUGAGGUCAGGUAUUUGUAGAGGCCAGGCCAUCUGAUGCAGCACUCCAUCACUCUCCUUCUUGGUCAAAUAGCCCUUACACAACAUGGAGGUGUGUUGGGUCAUUGUCCUGUUGAAAAACAAAUGAUAGUCCCACUAAGCGCAAACCAGAUGGGAUGGUGUAUCGCUGCAGAAUGCUGUGGUAGCCAUGCUGGUUAAGUGUGCCUUGAAUUCUAAAUAAAUCACAGACAGUGUCAAUAGCAAAGUACCCCCACACCAUCACACCUCCUCCUCCAUGCUUCAUGGUGGGAACCACACAUGCGGAGAUCAUCCGUUCACCUACUCUGCGUCUCACAAAGACACGGCAGUUGGAACCAAAAAUCUGACAUUUGGAUUCAUCAGACCAAAGGACAGAUUUCCACAAGUCUAAUGUCCAUUGCUUGUGUUUCUUGGCCCAAGCAGGUCUCUUCUUCUUAUUGGUGUCCUUUAGUUGUGGUUUCUUUGCAGCAAUUUGACCAUGAAGGCCUGAUUCACGCAGUCUCCUCUGAACAGUUGAUGUUGAGAUGUGUCUGUUACUUGAACUCUGUGAAGCAUUUAUUUGGGCUGCAAUUUCUGAGGCUGGUAACUCUAAUGAACUUAUCCUCUGCAGCAGAGGUAACUCUGGGUCUUCCAUUCCUGUGGCGGUCCUCAUGAGAGCUAGUUUCAUCAUAGCGCUUGAUGGUUUUUGCGAUUGCACUUGAAGAAACUUUCAAAGUUCUUGAAAUGUUCUGUAUUGACUGACCUUCAUGUCUUAAAGUAAUGAUAGACUGUCAUUUCUCUUUGCUUAUUUGAGCUGUUCUUGCCGUAAUAUGGACUUGGUCUUUUACCAAAUAGGGCUAUCUUCUGUAUACCACCCCUACCUUGUCACAAGACAACUGAUUGACUCAAACGCACUAGGAAGGAAAGAAAUUCCACAAAUUAACUUUUAACAGGGCACACCUGUUAAUUGAAAUGCAUUCCAGGUGACUUCCUCAUGAAGCUGGUUGAGAGAAUUUGUUUAACACUUUUUUGGUUACUACAUGAUUCCAUAUGUGUUAUUUCAUAGUUUUGAUGUCUUCACUAUUAUUCUACAUUGUAGAAAAUAGUAAAAAAAUAAAGAAAAACCCUGGAAUGAGUAGGUGUGUCCAAACUUUUGACUGGUACUGUAUAUACAGUUAAUAUAAAUGGUUACCCAAUCCAUCUCAUCUAGAUGACUAGUGUACACAGUACUGUAUAUGACCUAAUCUAUCCUCUUUCUCUCCCCCCUGCUAACUCCCUCUUCCUGUCUUUCUCACUUGUCUCGCUCUAUCCAUCCCCCAAAACUUUUAAUCUGCCUCUCCCCUUCCUUCCACUUCCUGUCUUCUCUCCCCCCCCCCCCAACCCCAUUCCUCCCUCCACAGUUGGCAGCCCAUCAUGAAGUUCAUUAAUGCCCAGUAUGAGCAGUACCUUCAGGAGGAGAUCAACAUCAACAGGAAGAAGAGGAUUCCAGACUCACGGGUUCACUGCUGCAUCUACUUCAUACCCCCUACUGGACACUGGUGAGUGCUGCCACGCGUACACACACACACACACACACACACACACACACACACACACAGGAAGACGUGCACAUGCACAGACUCACACAUACACACACACACACACAGGUAGACGUGCACAGACACACUCACACAUUCCUUGUGAAGGGUAUGAAUGUGUGGAAUGUUUCAGGUGAAUGUUUAGAUAUGGCUGGGAGGUAGUCAAGCUGAUUAUUAGCUAAGCUUCAUUCUUUGGAUAUUCAACAAAAAUAAAUUGUCCUAUGCUGCAGCUGUCAUGCCUUUUGAGUGAUCAAAAAUGGCAUGUAAUCAAUCACAAUAAUUGUCAUACACACACAAGCACAGUGUCAAUGCAACGGUGCUGCUGCCCCCUGUUGUCCUUGACUGAACAGUAGAGAGUAUGUAACUGGGAGUUUGUAAAAGGAGGGAGAGUGAGAAAGAAAGAGAGUGAGAGAGGGAGGGAAGGAAGUGAUUUAUGUUAGAUAAGCAGUGAGUCAUAGGGAGAGUCCUACUCAAAUAGCCCAGAAUCAUCAGAACAGAACAGGAGAACACAGUGAGUUUGGCAUGACUUUCUAAUACACGUUAGUUAUAACAACAAUCUAAAGCCCCGUGCUGUGCCAUUCAAAUAUCAGAUAUAAUGUAGAACGUCAUACUGUGCCCUUCUGUGUAACAUACAGCCUAUGUAUGGGCCAGAUUCUCAGCCAGAAUGGAGAUUCUCCAUUGAGUACGCUUUUUAGUCCAGGACUAGGACUGUCUAUGUCUGAGAAACCUGCCCUAAAUGUACAGUUCAUGUUCUGCUACCCCUCACCACCGCUCUGACUUGACCUGUAGUGGAUCCUCCUCUGCUCCAGCAGCUGAGAGGGACAGACAGAUGUGGAAACACUUACUCUUCCAGACCCCCCUCCAUUUCCUGUUUUACAGGCAGCGAGUUGCAACACGUCCCAUAACACCCGUUUUCCAUGACUGGAAAAAAUGUAUUUCUCUUUCUCUUUCGCUAGGCCUUGAAACAAACGCAUGUGUUUGCCUCCCUGCUCCAAGUUUCUGUCUCUGGUGUUACUGCUGCUCACACAUCUGGGCCUGAUUGAGCUUCGUAUAGAGCUAGCCCCCCCAUCCGUGGUGUAUUGGUUUAACCCAACACUCCUGGGAACCUUAACAGUCUGGGGCGUACCGAUAGUAAAUUCAGGAGAAGCCAUUGUAUCUGACUAUGCUGGUGUCAGCAAAUUGAAUUUACUAGCAAUAGUAGUAGUAGUUACACAUUUACCUCAACUAUAGUAGUAGUUGUUGUUACACAUUUACCUGAACUAUUGUAGCCUAGAAGGAGGGAAAUGUAUAUUUGAGGAUUUCCAGUGUGUGUGUUGGCAUCCCGCUCUCGCUCUCAGCACAUUUUACAUUACAUUUUAGUCAUUUAGCAGACGCUCUUAUCCAGAGCGACUUACAGUUACAUUACAUAAUUUUUUAUACUUUUUUAUAAUCGAACCCACAACCCUGGCGUUGCAAACGCCAUGCUCUACCAGCUGAGCUACAUCCCUGCCGGCCAUUCCCUCCCCUACCCUGGACGACGCUGGGCCAAUUAUGCGCUGCCCCGUGGGUCUCCCGGUCGCGGCCGGCUGCGACAGAGCCUGGAUUCGAACCAGGAUCUCUAGUGGCACAGCUAGCACUGCGAUGCAGAGCCUUAGACCACAGCUGAUUGACAAUCAACAGCUUGAUUCUGUUUAGCUUUUGAGACCAUGUUUUGCAUUUCCACAUUGCCAUGGUGAUCUACACACACACACACACACACACACACACACAAAAUGAGUCAUCAUAGCCCACCUGUUGGUACAGUAUACAGCUAUUACCCUUUAAUUGAAUUUCCCUCCUGUGUCAUGUCUGCUCCUCCUUUGCAUGUACCCCAUAAUGGUUCUACCCAUUGUUGCUAUGGCCUGUGGUCCUGUCCUGUGGUGGACUGCAGGCUUUGCCCUCAUGUCUGUGGUUUUACAAGAGCGAUUUACAAGAGCGAUAGCCAUGACAUAUUGUGCCCCCCCUCUGAUAUAGCUUGAGCAUUGUUUCAUGUUCUUCCAGCGUUGCAGAUGUCUGUCACAUGUCCUGCCCAACAACUGUCCAAGUCUGUUUAAUACUCUAGUGGGAGCGAUAAGAGAACAGAGUGUGUCUGUGUGUGCAUGCUUGUGUGCAUAUGCGUGUCAGUGUGUGUGUGUGUGCACAUGCUUGUCUGUCUGACCCAAAGGUCUUUGUCGACAAUGGGCAGUUUAUAAUGCAGUGAUCUGAGCCAGCGUCAGCUGCACAAACCACAGACGGAUGAGUUUCACACUUAUAGAAGAAUGGGUUUCUCCAACCAACAGCUCUAUGGCGGUCAAGGCUCAGCUCCGUUCAAGGCUCAGUGUGGUUUAAUUGACAGUUACAGACAUGCACUGACUGAUGUGGGUCUCAGAUUUACAGUAGGUUUAGCUAGUCCAUAGAGUAUGUAUGUGACGCUACUGUACUGUAUGUCUGUGCUUGGGUUGCCCUCAGACAGCUGUGCUGUGGGUAUUUGUCUUGGAGGAUACCGCCCUCUGGUGGUUCUAGGAUGUAUCACACUGUCGACCCAAAUAAGGACUGUUGAACAACAACUAUAAAGCAGACCUGGGUUCUAAUACUAUUUGAAAUAAUUUCUAAUACAUUAGCCAGGCUUGAUUGAGCUUGCCUGUUGCAAUGGAACCACCAACAGAAAAGUCCCAAAAGUGAAAACCCUGCCCACCUGGCGCUCCAGGCAGGCUAAAGCAUAUACUCAAAGUAUUUGAGACAUUUCGAAUAGUUUUUGAACCCAGGUCUGCUAUAAAUACAGGUGAACUGAGGCCCCUCUCUCACCCCUCCCCCCCAUCUCGCUCUCAGUCUGCGGCCUCUGGAUGUGGAGUUUAUGAGGCGUCUCAGUAAGGUGGUCAAUAUUGUUCCUGUCAUCGCCAAGGCAGACACACUCACCCUGGAGGAGAGGGACUUCUUCAAAAAGAAGGUGAGCUCUCUCUCUUUCUUUCGCUCUAUUCCUCUCUACUUCCAUCUUUAUCUGUCUCCAAUUCCUCUCUUUCUGUUGCAUGCGGUCUCUCGCGCUCUCUCUCUCACAUAUUUUGUGUUCUCCGCAGCAACAGGAAAUGUUUCUUAAAUUGUUUGGCCACUGCUGCCCGUUCGGUCACUGGCCAAUGAGAGAACACUGAGGAUGCUUUGUGUGUAUAGAGUACUUGUGAGGUCAGGACUUAUAAAGCCAGGCUCUGGAUUGGCUAGAGAGGAGUUCAGUGGGAGUCCAACCUCUCUCUCCCUCCCUCCUUUUUCUCCCUCUCCAUCUCACUCUCUCUUUUUCUCUCUCCCUCCCUUCCCAAAUUUUGGAUUGGCUAGAGGAGAGUUCUGUGAGUUCUGUCCAACUUCUCCCGUCUCCUUCCCUUUCUCCCCUGACUGCUGAUGUGGCCACAGUGGACUCCAUUACAUCACUUCCGCUUAUGUGGUGGGGAUCUGGAACAUUAAAAAGUAAUUUGAUCACAGACCCCAAGAGCCCGAAAGAGAGGGAAAGUAGCAGAAGUAGCAGCAGUAGUAGUAGCAAUAGCAAUAGUAGCAGUAGUAUGUAGAUGUAGAUGCAGUAGUAGUAGUAGAUGUAGAUGCAGUAGUAGUAGUAGUAGUAGAUGUAGUAGUAGUAGAUGUACAGUCGUGGCCAAAAGUUUUGAGAAUUACACAAAUAUUAAUUUUCACAAAGUCUGCUGCCUCAGACCUUUUAUGUUGGCAAUUUGCAUAUACUCCAGAAUGUUAUGAAGAGUGAUCAGAUGAAUUGCAAUUAAUUGCAAAGUCCCUCUUUGCCAUGAAAAUUAACUUAAUCCCCAAAAAACAUUUCCACUGCAUUUCAGCCCUGCCACAAAAGGACCCACUGACAUCAUGUCAGUGAUUCUCUCGUUAACACAGGUGAGAGUGUUGACGAGGACAAGGCUGGAGAUCACUCUGUCAUGCGGAUUGAGUUAGAAUAACAGACUGGAAGCUUUAAAAGGAGGGUGGUGCUUGAAAUCAUUGUUCUUCCUCUGUUAACCAUGGUUACCUGCAAGGAAACACGUGCUGUCAUCAUUGCUUUGCACAAAAAGGGCUUCACAGGCAAGGAUAUUGCUGCUAGUAAGAUUGCACCUAAAUCAACCAUUUAUCGGAUCAUCAAGAACUUCAAGGAGAGAGGUUAAAUUAUUGUGAAGAAGGCUUCAGGGCGCCCAAGAAAGUUCAGCAAGCGCCAGGACCGUCUCCUAAAGUUGAUUCAGCUGCGGGAUCGGGGCACCACCAGUGCAGAGCUUGCUCAGGAAUGGCAGCAGGCAGGUGUGAGUGCAUCUGCACGCACAGUGAUGCGAAGACUUUUGAAGGAUGGCCUGGUGUCAAGAAGGGCAGCGAGGAAGCCACUUUUCUCCAGGAAAAACAUCAGGGACAGACUGAUAUUGUGCAAAAGGUACAGGGAUUGGACUGCUGAGGACUGGGGUAAAGUCAUUUUCUCUGAUGAAUCCCCUUUCCGAUUGUUUCGGCAUUCUGAAAAAAGCUUGUCCGGAGAAGACAAGGUGAGCGCUACCAUCAGUCCUGUGUCAUGCCAACAGUAAAGCAUCCUGAGAACAUUAAUGUGUGGGGUUGCUUCUCAGCCAAGGGAGUGGGCUCACUCACAAUUUUGCCUAAGAACAGAGCCAUGAAUAAAGAAUGGUACCAACACAUCCUCCGAGAGCAACUUCUCCCAACCAUCCAAGAACAGUUUGGUGACGAACAAUGCCAUUUCCAGCAUGAUGGAGCACCUUGCCAUAAGGCAAAAGUGAUAACUAAGAGGCUCGGGGAACAAAACAUCAAAAUGUUGGGUCCAUGGCCAGGAAACUCCCCAGACCUUAAUCCCAUUGAGAAUUUGUGGUCAAUCCUCAAGAGGCGGGUGGACAAACAAAAACCCACAAAUUCUAACAAACUCCAAGCAUUGAUUAUGCAAGAAUGGGCUACCAUCAGUCAGGGUGUGGCCCAGAAGUUAAUUGAUAGCAUGCCAGGGCGGAUUGCAGAAGUCUUGAAAAAGAAGGGUCAACACUGCAAAUAUUGACUCUUUGCAUAAACGUAAUGUAAUUGUCAAUAAAAGCCUUUGACGCUUAUGGAAUGUUUGUAAUUAUACUUCAGUAUACCAUAGUAACAUCUGACAAAAAUAUCUAAAAACACUGAAGCAGCAAACUUUGUGAAGACCAAUACUUGUCAUUCUCAAAACUUUUGACCACGACUGUAGAUGUAUUAGUAGUAGUAGUAGUAGUAGUAGUAGUAGUAGUAGUAGUAGUAGUAGAUGCAGUAAUAGCAGUAGAUGCAGUAGUAGUAGUAGUAGUAGAUGCAGUAAUAGCAGUAGGUGCAGUAGUAGUAGUAGUAGAUGCAGUAGAUGCAGUAGUAGUAGUAGUAGUAGUAGUAGUAGUAGUAGAUGCAGUAGUAGUAGAUGAAAAAGGCAGGUAUUCAUUUCAAGGCAAUUACUGGCAGCCAUGUUCACGGAUCCCCGCCAGUGUCCCUCUCAUUAGGGAAGCUCUGUACCGGAUAUAAGACCGGAUAUAAAAAGUUGAACUGGUGUGUGUGUGUGUGUGUGUGUGUGUGCUUGUCUGUUUGUAAACGUGUACACUGACAGUGAUGGGCUGUUGGUUUCAACAGAACAUUUUGGAGGAGAUUAGUGAAGGGAUUUACGUUAACUCCACCUAAAGCUGUGGGUAACGCAGUGUGCAGAUGGUCUCGAUUUCUCACAAAAAUACUGUUAUGUAUCCAAAGUAUUUGUCAGACAUAUCUGGCUAAUUGAGGUUGUUCUGCUUUUGCUCGUGUGUUCCCAUAACCUUAAGUUCAUGUAUUCAAGUCUCUGCAAGGGUGUAUAAUGCAUUUGUCGUGUUUCUCAACCUUUUUUAUAGCAGGGACCAGCAAGCUAGGUGUUUUAUUGUAGGCAUAGGAUUUUUACUGAAUGUUGUGUUAGCAGUAUCGGGGCAGUCUCACCCUCACCUCUCACCCAGAACUGUUUCUGUGUCCCCAGAUCAGGGAAGAGCUACGGGCCAAUGGGAUCGACGUGUACCCCCAGAAGGAGUUUGACGAGGACGCAGAGGACCGGAUGAUUAAUGAGAAAAUCAGGGUGAUUUGAGUUGACACAUCUGUCCACAGCUUUACCCACCUGCCCCUAGCCAUAAGCCCUCACAUUACCGCUUAUAGCUCCACUCACCUGUGCAACGUAGCGUGUUGAUAACCUGGUUAAAUUAAAGUUGGGUCCCUGUUGAUCCAUGUCGAUAACCUGGUUAAAUUAAAGUUGGGUCCCUGUUGAUCCAUGUCGAUAACCUGGUUAAAUUAAAGUUAGGUCCCUGUUGAUCCAUGUUGAUAACCUGGUUCUAUUACAGUUAGGUCCCUGUUGAUCCAUGUUGAUAACCUGGUUCUAUUACAGUUAGGUCCCUGUUGAUCCAUGUUGAUAACCUGGUUAUGUUAAAGUUAGGUCCCUGUUGAUCCAUGUUGAUAACCUGGUUAUAUUUCAGUUAGGUCCCUCUGCUGCAGUAUAUAUCAAAUAUCCGUUUAUUUAACUCUUCAUGGUAUGUCUCUGUGUUCCUCCUGUCCUGUACUGUAGGAGAUGAUCCCGUUUGCUGUGGUGGGCAGCGACCAGGAGUACCAGGUCAACGGCAGGAGGCUUCUGGGAAGGAAGACAAAGUGGGGAACCAUAGAAGGUAGAUGGCUCCACCUUCUCUUUCUCCAUCUCAUUCCUCCUUUAGCACUUUGUAUCUUUGAGCAGGAGUCUCUCUCUUUUUAGUUUUUCUUUGUUGAUGAAUGUACACCGGCCAGUUAAGACUAAACGAGACAGAAGAGAUGAGAGGGAGGAGUAGAGGGGGGAGGAGCAGGGCGGCACCUCUCCAUUUUAGACUGUUUGGUUCCGGAACCUAUUUGGCAGGAUCCGGUACUUCUUUUGGCAUGAAAAAUUAUUAAAACUUUUUGCAAUGUAAAUAUUCUAAGAAAAGCGAUCAAAGUUCAUUUGAGUUCCCUCUUCGUUAAUUCUAAAGAAUAGAUGUUCAGUCCCGGCCUGAUAUUCUAAGAGUUGAUUCGGGUUGGGCCGGCCCAGGCUUAUGGUUUGUGCAACAUUGUAACCUAUGUUUGAGACCAACACCUGGCCGUAGCUGUGUGAAAAGCACGCCAGUAUCUCUCACAGAACUAGAAUGAGAUUCACUUUCCAUGCAACUCUCAUCUCUCCAGCUUUACACUUCAUCAUUUAUUUCCUUAUAGAAUCAUAGCUGCACGACGGGUUCUGGAGGAAAUAGUUCAGAAUAGCCUACUACACCUAAAAUUUAGCCACAGAGGAUCAAUUGCUUCUUUAAAAAAAUAGCCUAGCUGUGGAUUGUGUGUAGCCCAAUAACAAAGCAUAGCCUACAGUUGUCAGUGAACAAACAGCAUGCAGACAAAACAGGCCUUUCGCAAUAUUUCAAAUACAAUCGCGGGAAAACAGGUUGGAAAGUAAAUGGCUCCUGCUAAAAAGAGAAGACUCUAAUCUGUCUGCUGUAGGCUACCAAAAUAUUUAAUCAACUUCCAAAUAUUGUUUUACUUUGAGAGAUACAGUGAGGGAAAAAAGUAUUUGAUCCCCUGCUGAUUUUGUAUGUUUGCCCACUGACAAAGAAAUGAUCAGUCUAUAAUUUUAAUGGUAGGUUUAUUUGAACAGUGAGAGACAGAAUAACAACAAAAAAAUCCAGAAACUCUUAUGUCAAAAAUUUUAUAAAUUGAUUUGCAUUUUAAUGAGGGAAAUAACUAUUUGACCCCCUCUCAAUCAGAAAGAUUUCUGGCUCCCAGGUGUCUUUUAUACAGGUAACGAGCUGAGAUUAGGAGCACACUCUUAAAGGGAGUGCUCCUAAUCUCAGUUUGUUACCUGUAUAAAAGACACCUGUCCACAGAAGCAAUCAAUCAAUCAGAUUCCAAACUCUUCACCAUGGCCAAGACCAAAGAGCUCUCCAAGGAUGUCAGGGACAAGAUUGUAGACCUACACAAGGCUGGAAUGGGCUACAAGACCAUCGCCAAGCAGCUUGGUGAGAAGGUGACAACAGUUGGUGCGAUUAUUCGCAAAUGGAAGAAACACAAAAUAACUGUCAAUCUCCCUCGGCCUGGGGCUCCAUGCAGGAUCUCACCUCGUGGAGUUGCAAUGAUCAUGAGAACGGUGAGGAAUCAGCCCAGAACUACACGGGAGGAUCUUGUCAAUGAUCUCAAGGCAGCUGGGACCAUAGUCACCAAGAAAACAAUUGGUAACACACUCCGCCGUGAAGGACUGAAAUCCUGCAGCGCCCGCAAGGUCCCCCUGCUCAAGAAAUCACAUAUACAGGCCCGUCUGAAGUUUGCCAAUGAACAUCUGAAUGAUUCAGAGGAGAACUGGGUGAUGGUGUUGUGUGUGUGGUCAGAUGAGACCAAAAUCAAGCUCUUUGGCAUAAACUCAACUCGCCGUGUUUGGAGGAGGAGGAAUGCUGCCUAUGACCCAAAUAACACCAUCCCCACCGUCAAACAUGGAGGUGGAAACAUUACGCUUUGGGGGUGUUUUUCUGCUAAGGGGACAGGACAACUUCACCACAUCAAAGGGACGAUGGUCGGGGCCAUGUACCGUCAAAUCUUGGGUGAGAACCUCCUUCCCUCAGCCAGGGCAUUAAAAAUGGGUCGUGGAUGGGUAUUCCAGCAUGAUAAUGACCCAAAACACACGGCCAAGGCAACAAAGGAGUGGCUCAAGAAAAAGCACAUUAAGGUCCUGGAGUGGCCUAGCCAGUCUCCAGACCUUAAUCCCAUAGAAAAUCUGUGGAGGGAGCUGAAGGUUCGAGUUGCCAAACGUCAGCCUCGAAACCUUACUGACUUGGAGAAGAUCUGCAAAGAGGAGUGGGACAAAAUCCCUCCUGAGAUGUGUGCAAACAUGGUGGCCAACUACAAGAAACGUCUGACCUCUGUGAUUACCAACAAGGGUUUUGCCACCAAGUACUAAGUCAUGUUUUGCAGAGGGGUCAAAUACUUAUUUCCCUCAUUAAAAUGCAAACAUUUUUGACAUGCGUUUUUCUGGAUUUUUUUGUUGUUAUUCUGUCUCUCACUGUUCAAAUAAACCUACCAUUAAAAUUAUAGACUGAUCAUGUCUUUGUCAGUGGGCAAACGUACAAAAUCAGCAGGGGAUCAAAUACUUUUUUCCCUCACUGUAGGCUUUUGGCACCAGCACAUCUGCCAUCACCAGCGAGUGAGCUGCGCAUCAUUGGGUGAGUCAGUAAAACUGGAAAUAAUUUUUAGGACUAUAAUUUCCUCCUCAUAUUGUAGCCUACAAUAUAUGUGUCUCCACACACCUAGGCCUAGGCUAUUGAUGGAUUCAAGACAAGGUCAUUUUUAUUGAUAUCAGAUUCUCAGUUUGUCAGUGUCAAAGUAGCCUGUUAUUUCGAUCAUUUGUGCGUUAUUAAAAAAUAUUCUGCCAAAGUCUCCAGUCAUGUAGAAUUGCAUGAAAUGCAUUUAGAAAAGGCCACAUUUUUCCCAGACCCUAGGCUACUAAACAUUUUCCUCAUGUGUGAAACUUCUGUAAGUGCCUGUACUAUACUGCUCUAUGCCACUACAUUUUACAUUUACAUUACAUUUUAGUCAUUUAGCAGACGCUCUUAUCCAGAGCGACACACAAAUGCAAUAUGAUGAUAUGCAUGAAAUGCUUUAUAAUAAAGGUAAUUUUCUCAUGCGUUCCGGUACCUCAGAGCUCCCCAGGUCACCCCCCUCACGCUCACUUUUUGUUCCCGCACCUCCCGAUUUACAAAUUAGGCACUGGGGAGGAGUAGAGGGGGAGGAGUAAAGAGGGCCUUCAGAUGAUUUCACUUGUCCCCAGCCCAGACAGACAGAGAGACACAACGACUGUGCCAUGCAGCUGGCUGAGACUACCGCUCUACAAUGUGUCUGUGUGGAAGAGGGAGGCAGAGCAUGUAACACCCCUCUCUACAAAGGCUGCAGUGUUUACGGGCCUUUGGCCACAUAGUGACAGAGGGGUGGAGGGGAGGGUACAGUACAGAUCUAUCUGUCCCCACUGAAAGUGCCACUCAUUGGAUUGGUGGCAUGUUGUCUUAGAGGGAUUCCACUGUGCUCCACACACACACACACCUGGAUACCUAGUUAGCCUCGGUCUCAACCAGGGGUAAACAACUAGAUAUACCCCUACUCCUUAAACUCAGUAUGCGUGUUGUCUGGGUGCUUUUAUUGGCAUAUGUACAGCUACUUAUUGAACCAUAGUUUUUCACUUGCCUCUCUCAAUAGUAGAUCUGAAUUCCAGCUUAACGACCAGUACUAAAUUUAUAUGCAAACCAUUUCAAAAUGUCAUCAUCACACACUUCAAAUGAUCUGAUUUCAACCAUGCAUUUAAUUACAUCACAAUCAGAUUGAGAGAGGCGACUACUUCUCUACUUCUAUUAAAACCUCCCUAAAGGAAACCUUCAUUUCCUGCAGUGGCAGGUUCUGAUGUUGGGUUAUAGACCUGUGAUACUAUCUAUAAUUCAGACACACAUCCUCCUGUGGCGGGCGGGGCAGCGUCUGAAUCUGUUCAGCCGUCAACCUUAACUAGUGCUCUCUCUCUCAAUUCAAUUCAAUUUGAAGGGCUUUAUUGGCAUGGGAAACGUAUGUUAACAUUGCCAAAGCAAGUGAAGUAGAUAGUAAACAAAAGUGAAAUAAACAAUAAAUAUUAACAGUAAACAUUACACUCAGAAGUUCCACAAGAAUAAAGUCAUUUCAAAUGUCAUAUUAUGUCUCUAUACAGUGUUGUAACAAUGUGCCAAUAGUUAAAGUACAAAUGGGAAGAAAAAAAAAACAUAAAUAUGGGUUGUACUUACAAUGGUGUUUGUUCUUCACUGGUUGCCCUUUUCUUGUGGCAACAGGUCACAAAUCUUGCUGCUGUGAUUGCACACUGUGGUUUUUUAUCAAAAUUGGGUUUGUUUUCGAAUUCUUUGUGGAUCUCUGUAAUCUGAGGGAAAUAUGUGUCUCUAAUAUGGUCAUACAUUUGGCAGGAGGUUAGGAAGUGCAGCUCAGUUUCCACCUCAUUUUGUGGGCAGUGUGCACAUAGCCUGUCUUCUCUUUAGAGACAGGUCUGCCUACGGCGGCCUUUCUCAAUAGCAAGGCUAUGCUCACUGAGUCUGUACAUAGUCAAAGCUUUCCUUAAGUUUUGGUCAGUCACAGUGGUCAGGUAUUAUGCCACUGUGUACUCUCUGUUUAGGGCCAAAUAGCAUUCUAGUUUGCGCUGUUAUUUUGUUAAUUCUUUCCAAUGUGUCAAGUAAUUCUCUUUUUGUUUUCUCAUGAUUUGGUUAGGUCUAAUUGUGUUGUUGUUGUUGUCCUUUGGCUCUGUGGGGUCUGUUUGUGUUUGUGAACAGAGCCCCAGGACCAGCUUACUUAGGGGACUCUUCUCCAAGUUCAUCUCUCUGUAGGUGAUGGCUUUGUUAUGGAAGGUUUGGGAAUCGCUUCCUUUUAAGUGGUUAUAGAAUUUAACGGCUCUUUUCUGGAUUUUUAUAAUUAGCGGGUAUCGGCCUAAUUCUGCUCUGCAUGCAUUAUUUGGUCGUUUUCGUUGUACACAGGGGAUAUUUUUGCAGAAUUCUCCAUGCAGAGUCUCAAUUUGGUGUUUGUCCCAUUUUGUGAAUUCUUGGUUGGUGAGCGGACCCCAGACCUCACGACCAUAAAGGGCAAUGGGUUCUAUAACUGGUUCAAGUAUUUUUAUCCAGAUCCUAAUUGGUAUGUUGAAUUUUAUGUUCCUUUUGAUGGCAUAGAAGGCCCUUCUUGCCUUGUCUCUCAGAUCAUUCACAGCUUUGUUGAAGUUACGUGUGGCGCUGAUGUUUAGGCCAAGGUAUGUAUAGUUUUUUGUGUGCUCUAGCGCAACAGUGUCUAGAUGGAAUUUGUAUUUGUGGUCCUGGCAACUGGACCUUUUUUGGAACACCAUUAUUUUGGUGGAAAAUAAGUAUUUGGUCAAUAACAAAAGUUUCUCAAUACUUUGUUAUAAACCCUUUGUUGGCAAUGACACAGGUCAAACGUUUUCUGUAAGUCUUCACAAGGUUUUCACACACUGUUGCUGGUAUUUUGGCCCAUUCCUCCAUGCAGAUCUCCUCUAGAGCAGUGAUGUUUUGGGGCUGUCGCUGGGCAACACGGACUUUCAACUCCCUCCAAAUAUUUUCUAUGGGGUUGAGAUCUGGAGACUGGCUAGGCCACUCCAGGACCUUGAAAUGCUUCUUACGAAGCCACUCCUUCAUUGCCCGGGCGGUGUGUUUGGGAUCAUUGUCAUGCUGAAAGACCCAGUCACGUUUCAUCUUCAAUGCCCUUGCUGAUGGAAGGAGGUUUUCACUCAAAAUCUCACGAUACAUGGCCCCAUUCAUUCUUUCCUUUACACGGAUCAGUCGUCCUGGUUCCUUUGCAGAAAAAUAGCCCCAAAGCAUGAUGUUUCCACCCCCAUGCUUCACAGUAGGUAUGGUGUUCUUUGGAUGCAACUCAGCAUUCUUUGUCCUCCAAACACGACGAGUUGAGUUUUUACCAAAAAGUUCUAUUUUGGUUUCAUCUGACCAUAUGACAUUCUCCCAAUCCUCUUCUGGAUCAUCUAAAUGCACUCUAGCAAACUUCAGAUGGGCCUGGACAUGUACUGGCUUAAGCAGGGGGACACGUCUGGCACUGCAGGAUUUGAGUCCCUGGCGGCGUAGUGUGUUACUGAUGGUAGGCUUUGUUACUUUGGUCCCAGCUCUCUGCAGGUCAUUCACUAGGUCCCCCCGUGUGGUUCUGGGAUUUCGUUCUUGUGAUCAUUUUGACCCCACAGGGUGAGAUCUUGCGUGGAGCCCCAGAUCGAGGGAGAUUAUUAGUGGUCUUGUAUGUCUUCCAUUUCCUAAUAAUUGCUCCCACAGUUGAUUGCUUCAAACCAAGCUGCUUACCUAUUGCAGAUUCAGUCUUCCCAGCCUGGUGCAGGUCUACAAUUUUGUUUCUGGUGGCCUUUGACAGCUCUUUGGUCUUGGCCAUAGUGGAGUUUGGAGUGUGACUGUUUGAGGUUGUGGACAGGUGUCUUUUAUACUGAUAACAAGUUCAAACAGGUGCCAUUAAUACAGGUAACGAGUGGAGGACAGAGGAGCCUCUUAAAGAAGAAGUUACAGGUCUGUGAGAGCCAGAUAUCUUGCUUGUUUGUAGGUGGCCAAAUACUUAUUUUCCACCAUAAUUUGCAAAUAAAUUCAUUAAAAAUCCUACAAUGUGAUUUUCUGGAGAAAAAAAAUCUCAAUUUGUCUGUCAUAGUUGACGUGUACCUAUGAUGAAAAUUACAGGCCUCUCUCAUCUUUUUAAGUGGGAGAACAUGCACAAUUGGUGGCUGACUAAAUACUUUUUUCCCCCACUGUAUAUAUGUUGAAGAGGGUGGGGUUUAAACUGCAUCCCUGUCUCACCCCACGGCCCUGUGGAAAGAAAUCGGUGUGUUUUUUGCCAAUUUUAACGGUACACUUGUUGUUUGUGUACAUGGAUUUUAUAAUGUUUUUCCCCCAACCCAACUUUCCAUCAAUUUGUAUAGCAGACCCUCAUGUCAAAUUGAGUCAAAAGCUUUUUUGAAAUCAACAAAGCAUGAGAAGACUUUGCCUUUGUUUGUUUGUCAAUUAUGGUGUGCAGGGUGAAUACGUGGUCUGUCGUACGGUAAUUUGGUAAAAAGCCAAUUUGACAUUUGCUCAGUACAUUGUUUUCACUGAGGAAAUGAAGUAGUCUGCUGUUAAUGAUAAUGCAGAGGAUUUUCCCAAGGCUGCUGUUGACGCAUAUCCCACAGUUGUUAUUGGGGUCAAAUUUGUCUCCACUUUUGUGGAUUGGGGUGAUCAGUCCUUGAUUCCAAAUAUUGGUGAAGAUGCCAGAGCUAAGGAUGAUGUUAAAGAGUUUAAGUAUAGCCAAUUGGAAUUUGUGGUCUGUAUAUUUUAUCAUUUCAUUGAGGAUACCAUCAACACCACAAGCCUUUUUGGGUUGGAGGGUUUGUAUUUUGUCCUGUUCAUUCAAUGUAAUUGGAGAAUCCAGUGGGUUCUGGUAGUCUUUAAUAGUUGAUUCUAAGAUUUGCAUUUGAUCAUGUAUAUUUUUUUGCUGUUUGUUCUCUGUUAUAGGGCCAAAAAGAAUGGAGACGUGGUUUACCCAUACAUCUUCGUUUUGGAUAGAUAGCUCUUCGUGUUGUUGUUUGUUUAGUGUUUUCCAAUUUUCCCAGAAGUGGUUAGAGUCUAUGGAUUCUUCAAUUACAUUGAGCUGAUUUCUGACAUGCUGUUCCUUUUUUUCCGUGGUGUAUUUCUGUAUUGUUUUAGUGAUUCACCAUAGUGAAGGCGUAGGCUCAGGUUUUCUGGGUCUAAUAUAGGUCAAAUAUACUGUUUAGGUUUUCUACUGCCAAGUUUACACCUUCACUAUUACAGUGGAACGUUUUGUCCAGGAAGUUGUCUAAAAGGGAUUGAAUUUGUUGUUGCCUAAUUGUUUUUUGGUAGGUUUCGACACUACUUUCCUUCCAUCUAUAGCAUUUCUUAAUAUUAUUCAGUUCCUUUGGCUUUGAUGCCUCAUGAUUGAGUAUUGCUCUGUUCAAGUAGACUGUGAUUUUGCUGUGGUCUGAUAGGGGUGUCAGUGGGCUGCCUGUGAAUGCUCUGAGAGACUCUGGGUUGAGGUCAGUGAUAAAGUAGUCUACAGUACUACUGCCAAGAGAUGAGCUAUAGGUGUACCUACCAUAGGAGUCUCCUUGAAGCCUACCAUUGACUAUGUACAUACCCAGCGUGCGACAGAGCUGCAGGAGUUGUGACCCGUUUUUGUUGGUUAUGUUGUCGUAGUUGUGCCUAGGGGGGCAUAUUGGGGAGGGAAUGCUGUCACCUCCAGGUAGGUGUUUGUCCCCCUGUGUGCUGAGGGUGUCAGGUUCCUGUCCAGUUCUGACAUUUAGGUCGCCACAGACUAGUCUGGAAAUGAUUGAUUUCCCCCUCCAGGAUGGAGAAGCUGUCUUCAUUAAUGUAUGGGGAUACUAGUGGGGGGAUAUAGGUAGCACACAGGAGGACAUUUUUCUCAGUUGAGAUAAUUUCCUUUUGAAUUUCUAGCCAAAUGUAAAAUGUUCCUGUUUUGAUUAAUUUAAUAGAGUGAGUUAGGUCUGGUCUAUACCAAAUUAGCAUACCCCCUGAGUCCCUUCCCUGUUUCACACCUGGUAGUUUGGUGGAUGGGACUACCAGCUCUCUGUAACCUAGAGGGCAACCAGUGGGUCCGUCUCCUCUAUACCAUGUUUCUUGUAGGAUGACAAUGUCUGUAUUUUCUUAGGUGAAGUCCAGGUUUCUGCUCUUUAGGCCAAAGGCAGAUGGCCUCAUGCCUUGGAUAUUCCAGGAUGAAAUAGUGAAGGCUUUGUGUUCCAUAAAGUGUCUAAUGUUGUUGGUCGUGUGGUUUGGCCUCAGGCCAGUAAUUGUGAGCAGAGCCUGCUGAGCAUCUGGUACAUGCCAUUGGCUUGGGCUGUUCUCUAUAACUAGUUAUCUCUAGUGGGGUAGUGGAGAACUGCAUCAGUGUGUGUUGGUGUCUGAUGUGACUUGGUGAGGAGCUUAUCAUGUCUUCUCUCUCCUCUCUGCAGUUGAGAACAUUGCUCAUUGUGAGUUUGCCUAUUUGCGGGAUCUACUGAUUAGGUAAAUAUCUACAUACGUGUGUGUGUGCAUGUGUUGCGCAUGUGUGAGUAUGAGUUUCUGAACAAUAUGUCUUUGUCUGUCUGUGUUUGUGUGUCUGUACACCAGUGUGUGUGUGCCCUUCUGUUGACCUCAUCUGAUGUCUAACUAUCUCUCUAUUGACCUCAGCUGAUGUCUAACUAUCUCUCUAUUGACCUCAGCUUAUGUGUAACUAUCUCUCUAUUGACCUCAGCUGAUGUCUAACUAUCUCUCUAUUGACUUCAGCUGAUGUCUAACUAUCUCUCUAUUGACCUCAGCUGAUGUCUAACUAUCUCUCUAUUGACCUCAGCUGAUGUCUAACUAUCUCUCUAUUGACUUCAGCUGAUGUCUAGCUAUCUCUCUAUUGACUUCAGCUGAUGUCUAACUGUCUCUCUAUUGACCUCAGCUGAUGUCUAACUAUCUCUCUAUUGACUUCAGCUGAUGUCUAACUAUCUCUCUAUUGACUUCAGCUGAUGUCUAACUAUCCCCAUCUCUCCCCUGUCAGGACCCACAUGCAGAACAUCAAGGAUAUCACCAGCAGCAUCCACUACGAGGUGUACCGCGUCCGCCGCCUCAACGAAAACAACACCGCCGUCGCACAUGCCAACGGCCUCCCCCAACACCACAUGACCUCCCACGAGAUGUAG